UGCCACAGAAUCUCACUACAAUCUAAUCCGAAGUGCUGUCCGAAUUCUGUAUCCUACAACAACGCGAUCACACCAACGAAAGGCGGAGAUGAGUCAAGAACAGCCCCGACGGCCUCAACAAGCCGAGAAAGAACCCAUCAAGUACGGCGACGUCUUCCAAGUCUCCGGCGAUCUCGUCUCCAAACCCAUUUCGCCGCAAGAUGCCGCCAUAAUGCAGACUGCUGAAACCACCGUUUUUGGAAAGACCCGGAAGGGUGGUCCCGCCGCUACUAUGCAAUCUGCAGCUACCCGCAACGAGAGAGCAGGUCUCGUCGGCCACACCGACGUGACUGACGUCGCCGGAGACCAAGGCGUCACCGUCACCGAGACCGAUCUUCCCGGCACUCGCAUCAUAACCGAAUCAGUAGCCGACCAGGUAGUGGGACGGUAUGUUGAACCUACGCCAGUGCGGCAGCAGACGGUAGGUGCAACAGGGGUUGUGCAGGCAGCGGUUACUAUAGGUGAAGCACUGGAAGCCACAGUACGCACAGCCGGGGAGAAGUCGGUGGACCAGAGCGAUGCAGCGGCAAUUCAGGCGGCGGAGAUGAGAGCAACGGGCUCAAAUGAACUGACCCCAGGUGGGGUUGCAGCGGUAGCUCAAUCUGCGGCGUCUCUAAAUGCCGACAUCAUUAAUGAAGAGGACAAGGUCAAGCUAGCUGAUGUGCUCACGGGUGCGGCUGCUAACUUGCCGGCGGAUAAGGCGGCGACAAGACAGGACGCGGAGGGGGUGAUGUCUGCGGAGCUGCGGAAUAACCCCACCAUGACCACUCAUCCGGGUGGAGUAGCGGCUUCAGUGGCUGCUGCAGCUAGGCUCAAUGAGCGCUCUGCUUCAUGAAGUACUCUAUCAAGUUGUGUGUAUGCAUGAGAUAAGCGAGAUUUGUCUACAAUGUAUAGAUAUGGUGUUAGAGAGAGAGAGAGACAGGCUUCAUGAAGUACUCUAUCAAGUUGCGUUUGUAUGGUGGUUAUGUUAUCUGGUUUUGGUCUUUGUAAUAUUACUCGAGUUCAAUUCUAUGUAAUUAGUUUUUAUCUUC